AUGUCUGCGAAACGCACAGCCGCUGAUCUAUCUGUCCCCGAGCUUACGGAAAACGCAGCGGAGCGAAAGCGGGUGCUGAAUAUCCUGGCGCAAAGAAGAUACAGGCAGAGAAGAAAGGAUCGUCUCCGAGCGCUUGAAUCUCGAGCAACAGAUGAGACUGGGGGAAAACAAACUACCGCCGAGACCAGCUGCUUGUCUGUGGAUAGUGGCCAGUCGCUCCGUGAAAGUGAGGGAGGAUCAUCGCCUUCUGGGACCGUCCAGAGUGGGUCUCUGGUAUAUGAUGCCCAAGCUACAUCGUCGGAUGAACCUGCAAGGGACGUAUUUCAGGACGACAAUGCACAUGUUGGGUCAGGGUCUAUACAACCCAUUACACCAAGUGGAUGUGAUUUUGUCGACUCGUCCUCGCGGUUCCUCUUCCAAUCGUCUUUAAUUCCAUCAUCACUGUCAGCGUUCCCCUGUGGUGACACCAAUGAGAUAUCUCAAUAUUUAUGGCCAGAGUUCGACGUGCAGGGUCAAGCUAUAGGAGAUAGCGGUGACGGAGUCACCAUGUCCGUGUUUGAAAAUGUCAGCAGUCUGAGGGAUAUUUGCGCAGAGCUCCAAUCCUCGGAAGCUUCAUUGUUUACUUUUCCUGACGACUAUACAAUACAUAUACCUACUCUUACCCUCCUGAACGCAGCCAUGUCUGUAGCUCGACGGCUAGGACUAUCGGAGAUUAUCUGGGAUCUCACUUCUGUCAGCCCGUUCUAUGAGGAAAGAGGUACACCCGCGUCCGGGCUAUCCACGCCAUCCCUAGUGACCUAUCAAUCAAACGCAGCAUCCACAACACCGUCCGAAACAGCAGACAGUGCUGGUAGUGGGCAAAAAGCAUAUCUCUCCACCCUUCCGCCCCACCUUCAGCCAACGCCUACACAGCGUCUCAUCCCUCACCACCCCAUGCUGGAUCUUCUUCCCUGGCCAAAUGUCCGAGACAAAUUGAUUCAAGUGUUCCAUCUCCCUGUGAGUCAACGUCCAAAGACAGCACAGGACCCGAUGGGGAUCCUGCGUCUGGUGUACGAUAUGGAAGACGCUGGUGGCGAAGGGAUCAACGUUCACGGACAGGAUCCCUUCCAGGCGAGUGGGUGGGAAGUUGGCCAACUAGUAUUCGAGCGGUGGUGGUGGGCUUUUGAAACAGAUAUAGUCCAAACCAGCAACCAGGCCCGCAAGAAAAGAGGUGCGAAGGUCUUGUCUCUCACGGGGCUACAGAUGUAG